UGACUUAAGUAGUCAGUUGAUUCAACAAAAGAGAGAACAUGAAAACAGAUUAGAAGAGUUAGAAAAAAGUAAAGAUCAAAGAAUUAAAGAAUUGGAAGAAGGAAUAAAAGAAUUGGAAGAAGCAUUAGAAUUAGAGGAGGAAACAUCUGACUGUCAUUUAGAGGCUCUUGAAGUGGCUAGACAAUGGAGGAUAAGGCAAAGCAAAGAAAAAGAUGACAAUUUAGAAAAAGCUUCAAGAAAAAUAGAGACGUUGGAAAAUAUUGUGGCAUGA